AUGGGGUACAAAUCUCUAGCUCGGCCACAUGGCCUGUCUACAGCCAGUGAGACCUUGGCCUUGUUCACUGGUCUUGUUACUUCCAAUUCGCGUAGACUUCCAGUUUGCUCCCAGUGCCGGUAUAGCUCGACAAGAGGUCCAGGUCGUCCACAACCAAAAACCAAGCUCGGUGAGACAGUAUACCCGACAGAUGAAUGGCACAAUGUUCCUCCAGCUAUUGCCUCCUCAAUUGGACGGCAACUGCACAUCCAAAAAGAUCAUCCCAUUUCCAUAACUCGCUCGAUCAUCGAAUCCAAAUUCCCCAAACCCACCUACCAACAUCACAAUGGAUUCGUCCCCGUCGUAACCACGGGUCAGAACUUCGAUUCUCUGGGUUUCCCUCCAGAUCACCCUGGACGAAGCAAGGCAGAUACAUAUUAUGUGAAUGCAUCAACCGUUCUACGAACGCACACCAGCGCGCAUCAGCUCGAUGCAUUCCGCGCCAACAGCAGCGAGGGAUUUCUCAUCAGCGCAGAUGUAUACCGUCGAGACGCCAUUGACCGCACGCACUACCCCAUAUUCCACCAGAUGGAGGGCGCGCGGGUGUGGGAUCGGAAGAAGGUGCCUCAUGGGAAUAUCGCCCAAGCAGUAUGGGAAGAUAUUGCAAAGCUGCCUACGCACUCCAUGAUCGUGGAGGAUCCAAACCCGCCUACGCAUCCCGAGCGAAACCCCCUCCAACACGGACAUUCCCACGACGAAGCCGAGGCUCUUGCCGCUCAUCUCAAGCGCUCUCUCGAAUUGAUGGUCGUGGAGAUAUUCUCCCGUGCUAAAGAUGCGGCCAUAGCGACGAAUCCGAAAUAUGUCGAUGAGCCGCUGAAGGUCCGUUGGAUAGAGGCGUUUUUCCCGUUCACCAGCCCGUCGUGGGAACUGGAGAUCUUCUGGCAGGGUGAUUGGUUGGAGGUGCUCGGAAGUGGUGUCGUGAAGCAGGAUAUAUUCGAGAAGGCAGGUGUGCCUUCACAAGUAGGCUGGGCGUUUGGAAUCGGUCUCGAACGCAUUGCCAUGCUUCUUUUCGAAAUCCCGGAUAUCCGUCUGUUCUGGUCCCAGGAUGAGCGGUUCCUGGGCCAGUUUAAGGGCAUGUCGGACGAUCUACAUAGGCUGAAACGAUAUGUGCCCUUCUCGAAAUACCCCGCAUGCUACAAAGACGUAGCCUUCUGGCUACGGUCCUCCUCAUCCUCCGCAGGCGGUGGAAUCCGCGCAAACGCAGCGGAUUUCCACGAGAAUGACGUGAUGGAAAUCGUGCGGGAUGUAGGCGGAGAUGUGGUGGAAGAUGUGACCAAGGUGGAUGAAUUCACGCAUCCCAAAACAGGGAGGAAGAGUCUAUGCUAUCGUAUUAAUUAUCGUAGCUUGGAGAGGACGCUGACGAACGAGGAGGCUAAUGAGUUUCAUGAGAAAGUGAGCAGAGAGCUGGUUAAUAAGCUAGGUGUGGAGUUGAGAUGA